AUGGGGGAUGUAUCAGACCGUAUAGGUCGCCCAACAGACAAUGGCCAGAUUGGCAUAAUUGAUCCUGAUUGUAGAUUAAUUGGACUCCAUUUGUAUGAUGGGUUGUUUAAGGUCAUUCCUUUUGAUAAUAAAGGACAGCUGAAAGAGGCUUUUAACAUAAGAAGGUUUGAGCAUCUGUGGUGUGGUUCAAAGCAGUUGAUGGCUAAUGCAAUGAUGCAGGGCCACCAAGCAUUUCCUAUCGUUGAAAUCCGUGUUGCUUUGGCUGAAAUAGUGGUGUGCUUGCAGCAUCCUUUAGUUGAUAGCAUGGUCUUGCAAUACACCAGAUUGUGUAGCAUAAUGCUUGAGGAACUUCAAGUUUUGGAUAUUAAAUUUCUUUAUGGCUGUUCAAAACCAACAAUUGUUGUUCUUUACCAGGAUAACAAGGAUGCCCGUCAUGUUAAGACAUACGAGGUUGCUUUGAAAGAUAAAGACUUUAUUGAGGGUCCAUGGUCGCAGAACAAUCUUGACAAUGGUGCUGAUUUACUAAUACCAGUGCCUCCACCUUUCUGUGGUGUUCUUAUUAUUGGAGAAGAAACAAUUGUAUAUUGCAGUGCCAAUGUUUUUAGAGCAAUCCCAAUAAGACCUUCUAUUACGAAAGCAUAUGGAAGAGUUGAUGCUGAUGGUUCUAGGUAUUUACUUGGUGAUCAUGCUGGGCUUCUUCACCUUCUAGUUAUAACCCAUGAGAAAGAAAAGGUCACUGGCCUCAAAAUUGAGCUAUUGGGAGAAACUUCUAUUGCAUCUACCAUAUCAUAUCUCGACAAUGCUUUUGUUUUUAUUGGUUCAAGCUAUGGAGAUUCACAGCUUGUCAAGUUAAAUCUGCAACCUGAUGCAAAAGGUUCAUAUGUAGAAGUUCUGGACAGGUAUGUCAAUUUGGGACCAAUUGUUGACUUCUGUGUGGUAGACCUGGAGCGGCAAGGCCAAGGUCAGGUUGUGACUUGCUCUGGAGCCUAUAAGGAUGGUUCUCUUCGUAUAGUUCGUAAUGGAAUUGGAAUCAAUGAACAGGCAUCUGUAGAGCUUCAAGGCAUCAAAGGAAUGUGGUCAUUAAGAUCUUCAACUGACGAUCCAUUUGAUACCUUUCUGGUUGUAAGUUUUAUCAGUGAGACGAGAAUUUUGGCAAUGAACAUUGAGGAUGAGUUGGAGGAAACUGAAAUAGAGGGUUUCUGUCCACAAGUGCAGACAUUGUUCUGCCAUUGUGCUGUGUUCAAUCAGCUUGUACAAGUUACAUCAAGCUCCGUAAGACUGGUCAGUUCUACAACAAGAGAGCUCAGAAAUGAAUGGAAUGCUCCAUCAGGUUAUUCAAUAAAUGUUGCCACUGCUAAUGCCACCCAGGUUUUAUUGGCAACUGGUGGUGGCCACCUAGUCUAUCUGGAAAUUGGUGAUGGGAUACUGACACAGGAAAAACAUGCACAGUUAGAGUGUGAGAUAUCAUGCCUUGAUAUUAACCCCAUUGGAGAGAAUCCCAACUAUAGUCAGCUAGCUGCAGUUGGAAUGUGGACAGACAUAAGUGUCAGGAUAUUCUCAUUGCCUGAUCUAAAUCUCAUAACAAAGGAGCCAUUGGGUGGAGAGAUAAUUCCCCGUUCUGUUCUUCUAUGUUCCUUUGAAGGGAUAUCGUACUUAUUAUGUGCCCUUGGAGACGGUCACCUCUUAAACUUCCUAUUGAACUUGAGUACCGGCGAGUUGAAAGAUAGGAAAAAGGUUUCUUUGGGGACCCAGCCCAUAACACUCCGUACUUUCUCGUCGAAGAAUACCACACAUGUAUUUGCUGCAUCAGAUAGGCCAACUGUCAUUUACAGCAGCAACAAGAAACUACUUUACAGCAAUGUAAACUUGAAAGAAGUCAGUCAUAUGUGUCCUUUUAACUCUGCUGCAUUUCCAGACAGCCUUGCUAUUGCAAAAGAAGGUGAACUUAGCAUUGGCACCAUCGAUGAUAUCCAAAAGCUUCACAUCCGCUCAAUUCCAUUGGGUGAACAUGCACGGCGUGUAUGUCACCAGGAGCAGUCUCGAACCUUUGCCAUUUGUAGUUUGAAAAACCAAUCCAAUGCAGAAGAAUCUGAAAUGCAUUUCAUUCGAUUGUUAGAUGAUCAAACCUUUGAGUUCAUAUCAACAUACCCACUAGACACAUUCGAGUAUGGCUGCUCCAUACUUAGCUGCUCCUUUUCUGAUGAUAGCAAUGUGUACUAUUGUGUUGGAACUGCAUAUGUUUUGCCAGAAGAAAACGAGCCAACCAAGGGCCGAAUACUGGUUUUCAUUGUGGAAGAUGGGAAGCUGCAGCUUAUUGCUGAGAAGGAAACAAAGGGGGCUGUGUACUCUUUGAAUGCUUUCAAUGGAAAACUGCUGGCUGCUAUUAAUCAAAAGAUCCAGUUAUACAAGUGGAUGCUCCGAGACGAUGGUACACGUGAACUGCAGUCUGAGUGUGGGCAUCAUGGGCACAUACUUGCCCUCUAUGUACAAACGCGUGGAGAUUUCAUUGUUGUUGGUGAUCUGAUGAAGUCAAUCUCCUUGCUAAUCUAUAAGCAUGAGGAAGGUGCUAUUGAGGAGCUAGCCCGUGAUUAUAAUGCAAAUUGGAUGUCGGCAGUUGAGAUUCUUGACGACGACAUUUAUCUUGGUGCAGAAAAUAACUUUAACCUAUUCACGGUUCGAAAAAAUAGUGAAGGUGCUACUGAUGAGGAACGAGGCCGUCUUGAGGUGGUUGGUGAGUAUCACCUUGGAGAAUUUGUCAAUCGAUUCCGACAUGGUUCCCUUGUCAUGCGCUUGCCAGAUUCCGAUGUUGGCCAGAUCCCGACUGUUAUUUUUGGGACUGUUAAUGGUGUAAUCGGGGUCAUUGCUUCACUUCCUCAUGAGCAAUACCUCUUUUUGGAGAAGCUUCAGUCAAACUUAAGGAAGGUGAUAAAGGGUGUUGGAGGAUUAAGCCACGAGCAAUGGCGAUCAUUCAACAAUGAGAAGAAAACUGUAGAUGCCAAAAAUUUCUUGGAUGGAGAUCUAAUAGAGUCAUUCCUUGAUCUCAGCCGUAGUCGGAUGGAUGAGAUAUCCAAGGCAAUGGAUAUUUCUGUAGAGGAGCUUUGCAAAAGAGUGGAAGAGCUGACAAGGCUGCAUUGA